CUCGAGGCCGAUUGGGUCUGCGCUCGAUAUGAAGGAAAGUGCCCCUCCUGUAGCUAAAAGAAGAGGUGGUCCAGGUGGUCUAAGCAAGGUCUGUGGUGUUUCACCUGAACUCCAGGCCAUUGUUGGCGAGCCGGCCAUGCCAAGAACUCAGAUUGUGAAGCAACUAUGGGCAUACAUAAGGAAAAACAACCUCCAAGAUCCAAAUAACAAGAGGAAGAUCAUCUGUAAUGAUGAAUUAAGACUGGUCUUUGAGACAGACUCCACUGACAUGUUUAAGAUGAACAAGCUAUUAGCUAAGCAUAUUCUUCCUCUGGAUGAGACAAAGGACACGGGUCCAGAUGCUAAAAAAUUGAAGACUGAAGAUGUUGGCACUGCAACUGAACCUGAUGCUCAUGAACAACCUUUGAUUAUCUCUGCUAGUGAGCAACCUGCUGUUAAUGCUGCUACUGAACAACUUGUGGUUAAGUCUGCUAGUGAAGAACCUGUUGUUGUUUCUGAUACACUGGCCAUGUUUUUGGGUGCUGAAGCAAAGGAAAUGCUCCAAUCUGAAGCUUUAAAACAUAUUCUGGAUUAUGUAAAAGAUAAUCAUCUUGAGGAUCCAGUGAACACAACAAUGAUACAUUGUGACGCCAGGCUUCAACAACUCUUUGGGUGUGAAAGCUUUUCUACUUUGUCGCUGUCGGAAAUGUUGGCCUGUCAUUUAUUUAAGAAAUCAUGACGUGUGGAUGACAUUAACUGAUCUGUGUUCUUGAGGGGAAUCUAGUUGGCCUAACUUAUAGCUGAAACUCAUGAAACAGACAUUUGCUUAUAUGUGUUUUAGUUGGUUGUAUUUUGAUUAUGUUAAAAAAACUAGUUUCUUUUGACAAAUAUAUUGACUGUUGUAGCAAGGGAAAAAACCAAUGUAGUUCAUGUAGUAGUCAGCUGUUCUAGUCUUUAUAGUGUUCAGUAACACUGUCUAUUUAACAUGUAAAUGGAAUAUUAGAAGGAAAAUUGAUAUAAAAGAGCAAUCUUAGAAUGCUUGCAAUC